UGCACUUUUAAUACAUUUCAUUUUCCUCUUGUACUUUCGACAUAAAAGAUGAAGAUUUAGUAUUCUAACUAGAUGAUACAUCCUAUUUAGACAUAUUUAUCUUCAUUUCAUUCCUCAUGAAUAGAUAAGAGAGUUCGAAUGAUUUUUGUAAUUUAAAUUUGUAUGGCACUUUGAUUUAAACUUAUAGGUUUAGAUAUUGAAAUUUCUGUCAUCAAAUGCAUGAGAAGAGGCCUCAUCCCUUCUACUCGGAUGUCAGAGAGGGGAAAAAAUGUUGCAACAAAUUAUAAAGAAGACAGAAGCAGGGGCUGGUGAGAGUCAGGCAAGAGCACCGGCAUUCCUUUAAAAAUCUGAGCACGACAUAAAAAAACAACAACCACGUCAUCGCUUUGCGAAAUUCUGGAUCUUGUACGUUGUCGGGCCCUCUUCAGUUUCUGAAGUGUUCCUUGCACAUGGAGGGAGGUUUCUCGGGAAAUACCAGGAGCGAGCUGAUCCAUUACCAAUUAUGAUUUUGGAAAAGAUGUGAUUGCUCUAUCAGUCCGUCUUCCCGAUGGCUAAAGGGCCAGCACCCGAUCAAGGCUGGAGCUGGGUCAUUGCGUUCGCCUGUUGCUUUUCCAGCCUCAUAUUAGCUGGAAUUUUUAGGACAUCUGGCGUGUUAUUUGUGGCCUUCAUCAGCACAUUUGGAGUCUCCAGGGAAGAAGCAUCAUGGCCGAUGGUCGUUUGCAUUUCUGUGCUCAAUCUGGCAGGUCCGUUUUGUGGAAUCUUAGGUCAGAAAAUAGGUGCCCGACCUGUCGUCAUCAUCGGCGCUGUGAUUGCAACCGUAGGGAUUUCGACCUGCUAUUUCACGACAUCUCUCGGCAUCAUCACCAUUCUCUUCGGAGGAGUUUUUGGUGUGGGCUAUGGCUUCAUGAACACUGUGAUGCCAUGCAUUUUGAAUGCGUAUUUCUUAAAUCUGCGAACCCUUGCUAAUGGAAUAGCGAAUGCUGGAUCGUGUGUCGGCUCUAUUGUGUUGCCUAUAAUUUUUGAGCUUUUCAUAUCCACAUACGACUUAUCUGGCUGUUUCCUUUUGACUGGUGGAAUAGUUCUUCACAUCGCUAUUGCGGGAAGUCUCAUGCGAGACCCACCGUGGCUCCGGAAUAAAAAGUCUUCCUCUGCUGAAGACGAGCACCAUUACAGCAUGAAUGAAUAUCGGACGAAUAAAAGCCCAAUGAAAGAUGGAGUUGCUGCAGAAGAAUGUGAAAGAAAUGGCAGUUCAGAUUCGAAUAACGAAACUGUUCCUUGUAUAUCUGCUGACAGCACGGAACCAUCGUCCCAGAUUGACAGGAAAAAUAGCUUAUCAGAUAAUGCUUUAAAUAUUUCUCUUGAUCACAACUUAGAUGAAAGUUCUCAGCCAUGCCUUGAAAUGGCUACAGUACCUGAAAAUUCCCAACAAAAAGAAAAAUCUUUCAUCAACAGAAAAUUCCAACAAGUUUGUCUUCAGUGCAACCGUUUGCCAUCUCUGUGCAAGUGUGAAGAUAAGUCCACUGGUAUUGUGUCGUCCUUUGUGACCGUUCUAACUAGUCCAAUGUUUCAAGUGACAGCAAUCACAGACGUCAUCUUCUAUUUUCUUUAUCACAUGUAUGUAGUGAUCAUCGUGGACUAUGCCUUGGAUCGAGGGGUUCAGGACACCAAUACCAAGCACAUUCUCUUUGCAUUUUCCAUAGCCGAUCUGAUUGGACGCCUGUGCUUUGGAUGGAUCACGGAUCGCAAAAUGGUGAGCAGGUCUCGCUUCGUAAUGAUGGGCAUGGCGCUGAUCGGGAUGACAUUUUUCACGUUCCCUUUUGCCAAUGGAUACUGGUCCCUGAUUGCCGCCAGUUCCUGCUAUGGUCUUCUGUUAGGAUGCACCAUGGUGAUGUUCCCGAUACUGCUUGUUGAGUUCUGCGGAAUAGAAUUGCACACUGUGUCUUAUGGGUGUAUGUGCUUCAUGAAUGGAUUUGCUUCUUUUGGAAGACCACUUUUGAUUGGCUAUUUCCGUGAUCAUGUUGGCUCUUAUUCCAAAAUGUUUUAUGUUCUGGGUGGAAUCUCUUUGUUUUCGUCCACCUUGUGGUUUCUGGAGAAACCAUUAGAAAGGAGAAGUCAAGGACAGGCUGUUAUUGGAAAUUGUAAAACAUGUAUAUUUUAACAAUAAAUAUGUUUUUGUUUGA